AUGCCUCAUGGAGUUACAGAGCUAUAUCAAAAGGUUAUGGAAGCAGGAAAUAUACAAGACAUUAUGUCAGUUGCAAAUUUUCUUAACCCUGUUGACGAAGAUGACAAUGGAGAGGAUGAGCAGAAUGUAGGAGAAGAUGAGGUUUUACAAGAAGUGCUACAAGAGCAUUUAGGUUUACCGACUACUCAAAGUGAUGAAGAAGACGUGAUCAGCUUCCACAGCCUAUCGUCAAGCAGGUCCGAUGCCGAUGGUUUUGGCGACGGUGAUCCUAAUACCGGUAGCGAUGGUGAUGCAUAUUCGAGCGAGGAUAAUGUGGCCCGUUCGGACGAUAGGAAAUAUAGUGAAUGGUCACCGCUUGACAAGCAGCGCUUAUCAGCGUACAAGAAGGAGGGCAAGUCUUGGGAGUGGAUCUUCAGCAAGUUCCCGGGCAGGACUAAGGGCGCAGUACGCACGCGCUGGAGCACAAUGCAGUCGAGGGUAAAAUAG